AUGGAGAAUUUGCUCGGGUACUCACAAUACGACUACCUGGUAUGUUUAUAUGUGAACAGCUCUGGGGAUAUUACAUUACUUGGAAGCUCAAACAAAGUGCUCAAAGUGCAAGACUGGAUAAAUGUAACGUCCAACACGAUAGUGGAUGGAAAUCCAGUAAUGCUUGUCAAGGAUAUCUUUCCGAAAUAUUUCGAAUUGCAUUCAAAGGACAGAGGGCAACUGUCAGCAUCUGAAAUGCGGGCUCUAUCAUCUAUUUUGAAGUAUUUCAAGGACAUGAAGAUGACAUUAGCUCAUAAGUCGGGUCUCUCAUUACGGACAUGUCAAAUCAUAGUUGUGCCGCCCGCCCUUGCUGAUUGGGACAUACGCGUGCUACGUACUUUAUUUUUGGAGGCUGAAUGGGUCACCUCAGAGGAAGGUGAAAGCAAGUUGAUGCUAGUACCAUUUAUUGAAGCAAACAUCAACUAUUUACAAAUGUUUCAUAAGGGUACAAGAUGUUUUGAAAGGGAAGGGAAAUACAUUUUGCUUUACAUGCAACCAACCAAACAGGGGGACAAGAUUAUCUACACGGCAACAUGUUUUCAGAAUCAAUGUGCAAAGGAAUUGGUUGCAGUAUCCAAAAGACUAGCAUCCAGUGAUUUCUUGCUUGUGCCCUCUAUCCUCAGUAACAGAUCAAUGCACUUAUCCACAAUGGAGGAUGCAAUUUCAAGUGCAAUCAAGGAGAAAAUAGCAAAUAUCAUGAGCAGCUACAAGCUGCAAUCUGGAUUCACAGUGGAAAAUGAAGUUUCAGAAUUUGAAGUCCUUCAAAUAGGGAUCAAGAUCAUAGAGACGCUUUGCAAGACAAACCGGCCAUCGAGAUCUUCAGAAGUAACAAUUGGUGAUCUGAUACCAAGUAUUGAUCUUGACCGUGAUCAACUCCAAAACCUCAGAGACUAUCAGGUUAACCAUUUUCUCAAGGACUUGACUCACGAUGCCAAUGUUCUACAGUACACUAGAGCAGUAUGCGAUUUUUUGCAAAAAUCAAUGGAUGAAUAUGGCUUGAAAAAUGCGCCUGAUGGAGUUCGCAGUGUAAUCCUCAGUUGUGAUGAUAGAGCAUUUGCAACCGGUUUACAAUGCUUUUUCAUUGAACAAGCGCUCUUGCAAGCGAAUAUUAUACAGCCGGAGGUUAGCUUUACCACAACUCGAUAUCGGACGCCUUAUCGUGAAGGUGCACUACAGAGGCCAUUGAAGAUUACUCAAAUGGUCAAUACCCUUCUGCCGCCAUUGGUUCAGAACGAAUUGUUCUGCAAAGCUGUGUUCAAUGAUAGCCAGGCGGAUGACGGUAUAUUAUUGCCUUUGAACUCUUUUUAUCUACAAGCAAGCAUCAGUAGGCAACAUAUAGAGUUUAUUCUGAACAAGGUUGUCAAAAUACCGUCGCCCGGAGCUCCUGCAGAACUAUUCACUGUACUAGAAAGCACAGUUGAAAUGGAUGAUAUAUUCGCCGCAACAUCUGACACGCUAUGGAGGAAUUACCAACGGAAAGAAAUAGAAGGCUAUUUGGAUGCAUUGACUAGCAAUUGCCUAAAGCACAAAGGUACUGUACUAUCAUUAGGCCAUUAUAAAUGCUUUACUGCAAAUAUGACGGAUUUCAUCAAUCGUUGGAUCCAGCACAAACGCACUCUUUCAAAUGGCGAACUGGACACAUGCCACUUGAUUUCAAUCGACAAAGAAUGCCCUUGUGCUCUCAAGAUAACGCAUCGAAUGUUGUUAGAGACAGGGCUGAAGCCGGUAGUUUCCAGCAUUGCAAAGACCAUUGUGGGGACCACUCUUUCAAACAAUCACUUUGGCCUAUAUCAGCUCUCUACAUUGUUCGUCAAAGGAAGUACAGACUCUAUCAACAGCAUGUAUUACGCUUAUUCCCUAGAAAAUCAUAUAGAAGAAAAGCUAAGAAGCCUCUUUCAAAUACGCCAACGGAAGCUUACCAUUAUUUUCGUCAACAAGAAAAGCAAUCAUGCAACAAGACAGUAUCUUGUCAGAGGAAACUAUAAGCAGAUAUCAAGUUCAACAUAUUCUAUCAGUUUGGAGAUCGAAACAAACAGAUAUGGAUACUGUCAUGGGCUUUUGGACGAUCACCACAAUGUGUACAGAGCUCUUCCAGGCAUAUAUUCUGAUUUGAAGCACUCUUGGGAAGCAAGCUACCUCUACAAAUCUGAAUACACUAUACUGAACAAGGGCGAGGAUGUACCAAUCACAGGCGUUAAGAGAACCUUUCUAAUUCCUGAAUGCCUCCACAUAAUCGCAGGCAAGGUUUCCUUACUAGACAUGUAA